AUGUCACGGGCUCACAUGAGAAGAGCAGCGCUCAACGCAUUGACAGAAGCAGUCUCGACAGUUAAAUCGCGCUCUAUUCUACUGAAACAGGUGCAGUACGGCUCUAUCCAUCCGAGUGCUUUUGUGGUUGCGCAGACGCUCGCGGAUAUCCGGUCGCUUUCUUUCGAUGUCUCUUAUUUUCAUGUCUCUACUACUUCACUAUCGAUCUCCAACGCACUGCAUCUGCUUUCUGGAUUUUGUGUCGAUUGUGUUCACUCAUUACGCGGCUGGUCAGAGUUUGUUCCGGAUGCUUGGAGCCUGGGUCCCCAAUAUUCCGCUGUCAUUGUGGUGGCGGGCAGUGCGAUCCCUGUUGGCCUGCUCUAUUCCGGUUUUAGUCCUACGCGGCCUACCCAGCAUCGAUGGGGAUCCUGGCUGCGUCGUGCAUCGCCGUCACCAUACGCCUUGGAGGCGCUAAUGGGGAAUGAGUUCACCGGCAUUACCUUGACCUGCGCUGAAGUGACAUGUGGCAAGGACCAGCAGUCGGUGCCUGGCUCAGUUUAUCUGGCGGACUACUUUGACUACACGCGGAGCCACCUGUGGCGCAACUUUGGCAUCGUCCUCGUUCUAUGGUUCCUGUACAUCGUACUCGGGAGCAUCGGGCUCACCAUCUUGACCCGCAAAUUUGGGGGGUCCCAGAGCCGGAUCUUCAAGCGUUCGAGGCGCCAUGAUGAGGAGAGCCAUCCUAAGCCGAACCCGAGCUCUUUGGGCUCCUCCUCGACCACGCAAACCGUCCCCGAAUCGAUCAGGCCCCAAUCGCCGGAAAAAGACGAUCUCACCACCUCGUCAAGCACGGCCGGCACGUUUACUUUCCAGGACAUCAGCUAG